CGGAGCCAGGCGGCUGCAGCGCUGUUUAGACGCGCUGAGGCACCGAGCGCGAACAAGCGGAGGCGGGGCCGCGCUACCGAGACCCGCCGCUCUUCCGCGACUGACUGCAAUGUCUCAUUGCAUUGGACUCUUGUCCAUUGCCUCUAAACUGAAUUUGCUGGUUUUGCUGCUUUCUGCAGUGUGCUUCUGUUCAUGCUUAAGUGACAGAAUUCCAGAGUUUGCCCUAACAAAAACAGAAGAAAGUGACUUAAAAGAAGAGAAUGGCAAAGAGUCAGUAGCAGAUGAUGAUCUUGAUCCUGAAGACUUAGAAGUGUUUUACCCAACAUAUCAGUGGCAAACAGUCCGUCCAGGUCAGGCUGUUCCUGCAGGGUUACAUGUGCGAUUAAAUCUUCAAACAGGGGAAAGAGAAGCCAGGCUUCCAGAUAACAAAAAUGAAAAAAGUGACAUGAAAGACCAGAAGAAAAGGAAAAGGCUGGGUGAGAUGCAUAUUGAUUCGAACUCAUUUACAGCACAGGAACUCAAAGAGGCUUUGGCUAAAAUGAAGGAAAAAGAAAAGACAGAAAGCACAAUGGAACAAAAGGCUAAUCUGGAAGAUGUGAGACAAAGGUUUCGUCCCAUAGAAGAGCUGAAGAAGGAGUUCGAAGAACUCAACAUGAAGAUAGAAACUGAUUUGGAAGUUAUGGUUAAAUUAAUCAACAAAUUCAACAGCUCUACUUCUACUCUGGAUGAAAAAGUAGCAGCACUAUACGACCUUGAGUAUUAUGUUCAUCAGGUGGACAAUGCAAAAGACUUUCUUUCCUUGGGUGGACUUCAGCUUGUGAUUAAUGGACUAAACAGCACCGAGCCUGUGCUAAAGGAACAUGCUGCCUUUGUCCUGGGAGCUGCACUAUCUAGCAAUCCCAGAGUUCAGGUGGAAGCAAUUGAGGGUGGUGCUCUACAAAAACUGCUGGUUAUUCUGGCUACAGAACAACCAUUAGCUGUGAAGAAAAAGGCUCUCUUUGCUUUGUCUUCGAUGCUGAGACACUUCCCCUAUGCCCAGCUGCAGUUCCUCAAGCUUGGUGGCCUUCAAGUACUUAGAAAUCUCUUCAAAGAAAAUGGCAUGGAGACUCUCUACAUCCGUGUUGUGACGCUGCUCUAUGACCUGAUUGUGGAAAAGAUGCUGCUUGAGGACUCUGAGAACAAGGAAGACCAAUUGGAAGAGAAAGUUCAGCAGUACAAACAAGUGAACCUGGUGCCAGCUGUGGUGGAACAGGGCUGGUGUAGGAUUAUUUCUAACCUCCUGGCAUUGCCGGAGCAUGACACUCGAGAAAAAGUUCUAAAAACAGUGCGCGUUCUGAUGGCCGCCUGCAUGGACAAAUACCAAGGGGACUAUGCCCUCAACACCACACUGAGCAUGCUCCGCACCGAGUACGAAGAACUGGCAGCAGAAGAACAAAGGGAAGGGGACAAUGACGGCUAUUUUAAGGAACUCCUUAGCUCUAUAAAUACCAUUAUUCAGGAGUUAAGAUCAGGAUAUCUGUAAUCUGACUGAGCUUUAAAAAAAUAAUUCAUGACAACCUGGUGAAUUUUGACGGAUAUGCAUAAACGAACUAUUGAGUAAACUGCUGGUCAAAGCAAAAUCCCUCCACAAGGCAAGUGAGCCAACAGCUCCAUUAUUAAAGAAAGAUACAAAUGUU